UUCGGAGCAAACGGACAAUACCUCUAAAAGAAAGCGGGGAGGGAGGCGGGUAGAAAGAAGAAGGGAAAGGAGUAGGAGGGCAGGCAGAUUGAAAAAAUUAAAAUCAGAAGACAAAAAAAAGAAGAUGAAGGAGCCAUUGGUGAGGACGAAGGUGUUAAUUCGGCACUUGCCUCCGUCUCUGUCUCAGUCCGAUCUCCUCCACCAAAUCGACCACCAGCUCGCCGACCGCUACAACUGGCUCUGCUUCCGUCCAGGAAAGAAUAGCCAGAAGAACCAGAGGUAUUCUCGGGCCUACAUAGAUUUCAAGCGACCUGAAGAUGUUUUUGAGUUUGCUGAAUUCUUUGAUGGACACAUGUUUGUCAAUGAGAAGGGGGCUCAAUUCAAGGCUAUAGUUGAAUAUGCACCCUCACAGCGUGUUCCAAAACCUAGUACGAAAAAGGAUGGCCGUGAAGGGACCAUAUAUAAAGAUCCUGAUUAUUUGGAGUUCCUCAAACUUAUUGCAAUGCCUGUCGAGCAUCUUCCUAGUGCAGAAAUACAGCUGGAGAGAAAGGAAGCAGAACAAGCUGGUGGUGCAAAAGAAGCUCCUAUUGUUACACCCCUCAUGGAGUAUGUUCGUCAGAAACGAGCUGUUGGAAGUGGGACUCAGGUUUCAUCCGUUGUUCGGAAGGUUAGAAGAAGAGUCGGGGCUGCCUCUGUUAGCAAACGUGGCUCACCUUCUACAAAACGGGUCUCUGAGAAGAAAAAGUACAUAAUAAAGGACGGUACUAAACAGACAAGUCGAAGGGACAAGUCCACUUUCAAUGUGGUACCCAGGCGAGAGGAUCAGUUGGCUCGUUCAAGUGGAAAAGAAACAUUAGAAAAUGAAAUUGGUUCUGUUUCAGGAAUCCCUGUGAUUUCUGACUCUGGAAAGAAGAAAAUCUUACUUAUUAAAGGGAAAGAGCGUGAAAUACCUCCUGCUGAGGGUAUGUCACAACUUGGAAGUUCUCCUGUUUCACAUGCUCCGAAGCAGAACCAAAGGCGUGAGGCUCCUGGAAGAAUGAUCAGAAGCAUACUUUUAAAUAAUGAGGGACGCCAAAGUCAAACUUCAACUGAAACUCAGCCUCAGCAGAAAAUUCAAAGUCUGAAUUCAGAUGUUAAGCAAGUAUCUCGACCUUCCAAUGCAAAGUUAGGGCUGAAUGGUCAAGUCUCUACUAAUGAGCUUAACUCAAUGAGCUCUGAAGGGAAUAGAAAGAGGGCAACAGUUGAUAGAUUUACCAAAAAGGACCUGCAUAGUACAACUAGUGUUAGUGAGAGGCAGGAAAAAAAUACACGAAACAAGGAUAGACCUGAUCGUGGUGUUUGGGCUCCUCUUCGUCGUGCUGAUAGUUCACGUGCUAGUGAUGAGCAUUUGCCAUCCUCCGGGGUACAACGCCCUCAAUUAAUAUAUGAUUCCUUUGAAGGUCAUGGAGAAGGGAAGGACGACUCUUCUUAUGGAAGCAGGACUGGGGAAGUUAUAAACCCUACAAGUGGACGUAAUAGUUCUCAUGUAGACAAUGGUUCACAUAGACAUUUUGGUCGCCAUGGAAGUGCCCAUAAUAUGAAAGAUGACGGUUCUGUAAAUGUAGGUGAGGGGAAGCCAUCUAAAAGAGGUGCUUCUGUUCAAGGUACCCCUGAGCAGAAACAAGUGUGGGUUCAGAAAUCAUCCUCAGGUUCUUAGAACAUCCAAGGCUGAAAAGGAAAUUGCAGUAGACUUUUCUGCUGUUAAUUUCAAGUAUCAGAUCAAGUACAUAAUUUAUGACUGUUUUGAAACCGCUCAUCGGUGUGGAGUUGUUUUCAACCAAGCUUCUGUAGCUUAUUUGUGAUGAACAAUGACCUAAUCCCGAUUGUUUGCGGGCGAUCAUCUCCGUAAUCGUGGCUUAAGGCCUCCACUAAAGACAUCAUGAAAAGGGCGGCAUACCUAAAAGGGGAGUUUUGUUCGGGCCAAAUUACGACCAAAUUGUCCAAUUUGUGCCGGAUGGAAGGAUUGCGGCACGCUUCAAGUUACAAGCCUUGCAAACAUAACAAAAGUUUGAGAGAUGGUUAACUUUUUUAUCUUCAGUGUACGACUUUAUCGUUAUGUCAUGUGUAUAGUUUAAUUCGUGACGAAUUUCAUAACGCUAAAAUGCUCGUCAAGUUCGAUUCUUGUGUGUACUUGGCGGACUAGUAAGGAGUAUAAGAACCUCCACCUCUAUGUACCAAAACGAUGACGAUGAACGGUGUACCAUGUAAUAAGCAAUAUUUUCGUGAAGAGAAAUGUGCUGUGGUUUGGCGCUUUUAGACUAA